AUCCGCUAGUCGAAACAGUUGACGGUCGGAGCUCGGAUAGCCAACGUUUUCUCGAGAUCAGCGGCUCCAAAAAUUACAAUCGCAUUUUCAGAAAUUCAACUGUUCCUCCGGUGCGCUCCAAUUUUUUUUUCAAUUUCUUUGAAACAGGGCAUGAAUUUCGGAAAUUUAUGGGCAAAUUAUGUGAACCUUUGAACAUUGAUUUCGUGCAAAGUAAGCCGGUUAGAUUUUUUUUGGAAAUUUUCAAUUUCUCAGGGGUUUUGCUCCGAAAUCUGCACUUCAAGGGCCCAAUUUUUCCGAGAGGAAUGGAUUAAGCCCGCAUUCAGGAAUCAGCCGCAAAUUACAGGUUUAAAGAAGAUUGGCCCCCCAAUUCACAGUUAUGAGGCUUUAGCUCGGAGAAGCUGCUAAAGACUAGGGAGGACUUUGAUGAUUUAUUGAAGGAAAAUCAGAAGUUAAUGUUAAGCGAGCGAGCGCAUAAAUCAUGCACUGAUGUAUGCUUACUUGGACGCACACAAUGCAGCUCGAUUUUUGGGAUAAAGAUACACCAUGGAAUAGAAGCAACUCUCAGCUACUACAUAGACUAAAACCAUGGCUUUUGCACCACAUGAAUUGAUCAUGAAAAGCCCAAAAUGAUGAGCAGCAACUCGCGUACAACCUGAGAGCACUCGUAUGGAGACCAACAUUUCGCAUAUAGUGCUUGCAAAUCAUUCUUCUUACAAUGCUACUAUAGUAACUACUGCUGGCUAUAAUUUGGUUGAAAGUAUUGCAAUGUGUCUUAUUUUGGGUGGGAUCAUUAUCACAACGAUUAUAGGAAACAUUUUAGUCUGUGUCUGUAUAUUUCUCGUGAGGAAACUGCGAAGACCUUGCAACUAUCUUUUAGUUAGUCUAGCUGUGAGUGAUCUCUGUGUAGCGAUCUUAGUUAUGCCCAUGGCUCUCAUCUAUGAAAUUAAGGGAAAAUGGAUUUUUGGAGAAAUUGCCUGCAAUUUGUGGGUGAGUCUGGAUGUUCUGAGCUGCACCUCUUCGAUACUGAACCUCUGUCUGAUCUCGGUGGACCGUUACUGGGCCAUCACCAAACCAUUGGAGUAUGGGGUGAAACGGACUCCUCGUCGCAUGAUCAUGGGAAUCGUAUUAGUGUGGUGUUUGGCUGCCAUGAUUUCGCUGCCUCCUCUCCUCAUCAUCGGCAACGAACAUACGCAAAAGGAGGAAGGAGGCGAGAUCAUAAACAAUGUGUGCUUAGUGUCGCAAGACAUCGGGUAUCAGGUCUAUGCGACCAUGUGCAGUUUCUACAUGCCGCUGACGGUGAUGAUAACGGUUUACUACAAGAUCUUCCGCGCAGCCCGACGAAUAGUGAAUGAGGAGAGGAGAGCGCAGAGCCACCUGGAGCCGCACUGUUACUUAGAGAUUAGUGUGAAGAAUGGGGAGGGCCCGCCCCAGAACAAGAUUUCUAGUCAAUCGCCUGCGAAUUCAUCUAAGAUUAAUCAUAGGUCGAGUUCGGCCAGCACCAAUACGGUGUGCAGCCUCGAUCCAACUUUGGGCCGAUGCUUCAAGUCGAGGCACAGCAACGAGUCGCAAUGUCCGAUGCUCGCCUCCAUUUCGAAGACGACCACUAAGCUGAAGAAUCCCAAAGCAAAUCUGGUCUCUGGUGUGGUGAAAGCCUCUCCAUCCACUGCAUCCAAUCAAAAAAAGCUGCGCUUCCAGCUGGCCAAAGAACGGAAAGCCAGCACCACUUUGGGCAUCAUAAUGAGCGCCUUCAUCUUCUGUUGGCUACCUUUCUUUGUGCUCGCUCUUGUUAGGCCUUUCUUGGUCGAGACUACGACAGUUUUGAAUACUUUGGGUAGCAUAUUCCUGUGGUUGGGGUACGCAAACAGCUUGUUCAACCCAAUAAUUUAUGCGACAUUGAACCGAGAUUUUCGCAAGCCUUUUAAGGCGAUCCUCUACUUCCGUUGUGGCAGUCUGAAUCACAUGAUGCGCGAAGACUUUUACCACAGCCAAUACGGCGAUCCUGAGCAGCAUCCUGCCAGGUACCAUUUGGACGAUGAUGAAGGUGUUGAGUACAUUGAGGCUGAAGGCGAAGAGAUCAAGAUGUCGGAAACGGAGACUGCGGCGCAAGAAUCUUUUUUGUGAUUAUUAAAUUUUGCUGGAGCGCAUCAGGUAUUGAAAAUCGCUUCGAGUAGUAAAAUUGAUGCCUUCCUGUGUAGGUUGGGAAAAGUGAAAAAGUCUUGUCUUUGUAGGUUUCUUCUCCAACAUACCCGCCUAAUAAGGACUAGGACUAAGCCAGUUUCCUAAACAAAUUUUUUUGUAAACCUACAAGAAUCCUAAAUAUUUUAAAAUUUUAUACUUCUUAAGGGUUAAGACAAUCGACUUUUUUAGAGCUAAAUGAUGUAUAUACUAAUGAAAUACACACUUCUAGUCAGACUA